AGCAGGGAGUAGCCCGAUCCAAUCCGUGCACCGCGUGAGCUCCAAACGCCAUGGCUGCCACUGCCGUGUUGCAAAAGAAGACCUUCGUCAGCGUGCAAGAGGAGGUGGCCCACCAGCGCCUGGUGCAGAACAAGUGGUAUCCGGGUGGCCAGCCCGUCGCCGCCAUCGAAGGGGAGGACGAGGUGCGCUUCCUAGGCGGUGACUGCUACGUGCCACGAUUGGUGGCCGCCACCGUGCCCAUCACCAAGCCGGCGCCGGGCCCAGCCAACGUGCCCACAGAGACCUCGGGCUAUGCAGAGCCGCUCCAGGCGAAGAGACCGGUCUUCCUUAGGGGCGCGGGCGGUGGGGUGGCGCCCCAGAGCGGUGGUGCUGCUCUUCCUAGUGGUGGUGGCACGCAGAAGGGCAUGCCCAAGAUGAAGGAGCAGCCGAAGGAAUCCCAGUUCCCGUGCGGGACCUGAGCGCCCCGAUAUGCGUGAGCCGAGGAACAGCAAGUCGAGGCCUUGUCAUUUUCGAGCUCUUUGGGAUCCGAGCAAACAGAGUUACUAGUAGCCUUCUUGCUACUAAGGCCAGGAGCUAUUAGUAGCAUCCUUGCUCCUAGUAGCGAUGCCCUUUGCUCCUAGUAGCUUCUAGCUACUAGUAGGAAUGGCCUCCAACCUAGUAGCUUCUAGCUACUAGUUCGUCUUGAAGGUUGCCAACUUUGAAAGUGUUGAUAGCUGACCCACACACACCUUUGGGCAGUAGAUAGGAUAUGUUCUGUUCUUUUGGCUGGUGUUGUUCAGAUUGCCGAAUUCCGCCUUGGAAGUUUAGGGAGGAAACCACCUCUUUGGUGAUGUAGGCCAUGACUGGUUCCAGGCCUUAGCGAAAGUCAGAAGAUGGUCUUGGGCUCCAGGGGUCCAAGACUUUGGCUUCGCUCCACUUCAGAGAGAAAAAAGUACAGGAGAACAAGAAAAAAGUAACAAACGCAAACGCUUUUAUUUAAAGUUACUAGUAGCUUCUUGUUACUACUAGUAAGGCACU